AUGUAUCGCUGUCCCGGCGAGCGUUACGAUAUUGAUCGCUCGACUCACCUGGGCCGCCUGGCCAACUUCUACAGCAAGUGCCAUACCUGCCCUCACCAUAAUGACACGGGCACGCUUUCGAAAAAGGUCGUUCACCGCCUCGGUCAAGUGCAGCGACGUACUCCGUCUGCAACCGCGAGAACGGGUGAAAUACUUCAAGGCGAGGUCGGACUGAGCCUCACCGUCGACCUUGCUAGGAGUAUCGCAAGGCAGUUCGGCAUUUGGUUACAGAAGCAGAACAACGCUGAUGCCGCUCCGCGGGUCCAGCUAGCCGGUGAUGGUCGAUCUCUUACGGCACCCCUGGUUGCCGCGAUCGGUGAAGGCCUGAGUUGGGCCGGCUGCCAGGUUAUCGACCUCGGACGAGUGGUGGCGCCCGCAGCGGUUGACGCUCAGGCAGAACUAGAAGCCAUAGGAACGAUCACCGUAGGCAACUCACCGGGUCAACCACAGACGGCUGGGAUUCGGUUGUUUGGCCCGCUGGGUCGCCCCCUGUCGAUUGACGAGGUGUCUCUGGAUGGCAUGGCUGCCAUUUCGAAGCUUGCCCGUCCUGCACGGCACGCCCCCCCUGCCCUGCGAGCAAGUGUUGAGCGUGCAUACGUCGACCGGCUGCGGCAGUACUUCCACGGACUCCGCCCGUUGCGAUUCGUCUUAGACACUCCCUGCGUGACCAUAAUCGAUUGGAUGACCGAACUCUUGGAUCACGUGGCCUGCUCGGCGAUUCUUCUUCGAGGUUCAAGCCGGCACGUGGGUGCGUCGGUGCCGGAACAUCGCGCUGGCUUCAAACACGGACGACGCCACCAGAAACCGCGCGAUAUCCAACAGGCAGUCCGAGAGGAAGCCGCCCACUUCGCAGCGCGUAUUGAUGGCGAUGGUCAUGCCCUCGAAGUAUGGGAUGAAACAGGACGGAAACUCAGCCCCACCGAGUUGUUCGUGGUGCUAUCCACUCUUGGCCAUCUUGAUCAUCCCCCCAAUCACCUGGCUGUAUCAGAUCACGACUACGGUAAGGUUUCCGACUCCCUCACAGCUGCCGGAUUCACCGGCACCGUAGUUGAUGUGGGCGACUUAGACUUCCACCGACCGAUGCUCGACAACGAUGCGGAGCUUGGCUUGGGACCCGACGGCCGGAUCUGGCAUCGGAAUCGUGUGCCCAUGGUGGACGCCAUGCAGAGCCUGGCUUCGCUGCUGGUGGCCUUGAGCCAAAGCGUGUUCGACCUGGCAAGCCAACUCAAACACCCAAUCAACCUCUCAAUCGGUCAGCCCGAUUUUGAUGUGCCCCCGGAAGUUCAGGAAGCCGCGAUCGAAGCGAUCCGCAGCGGUAAGAAUAGUUACGCCCUGACUCAGGGCAUGCCCGUGCUGCGGGAAAAGCUGCAAGCCCGAGUCGAUGAACAAUACUCACACGCAGACCGGCAAGUCUUCGUCACCAGCGGAACCAGCGGAGCGUUGGUUCUCGCCGUGAUGGCGAUGCUUGACCCAGGCGACGAGGUCAUCGUCUUCGACCCCUACUUCGUCAUGUACCCUCCACUGGUUGGGCUGGUCGGCGGGAAGUGUGUGCUGGUCGAUACCUACCCUGACUUCCGCAUUGAUGUUGACCGCGUACGCGAAGCCAUCACACCGCGGACCAAGAUGAUUCUGUUCAACAGCCCCGCCAACCCCACUGGCGUGGUGGCCGGCCCCGAGGAAACCAAAUCCCUGGCCGAGUUGGCAGCCGAACGUGAUGUGAUGCUGAUCAGCGACGAGAUCUACCGCGAGUUCUGCCACGAGCCGUUUACGUCUCCGGCCGAGUUCAACGAGAACACGCUGGUCAUCGACGGGUUCAGCAAGACCUACGCCAUGACGGGGUGGCGUGUGGGCUACGCGCACGGCCCCAAAGAGAUUAUCAACGAGAUGAUCAAGCUGCAGCAGUACACGUUCGUCUGUGCUCCUCAGCCCGCCCAAUGGGCCGGAGCGGUUGCGCUCGAUAUCGACAUGAAGAAGCAUGUGACCGAAUACCGUCGAAAACGGGACUUGCUUCUGGAAGGCCUUGAAGGCUCGCUAGAGGUCGUCAUGCCUGGCGGCGCGUUCUACGCCUUCCCCAAAGCCCCCUGGGGCACCGCCACGGAGUUCGUAGAAAAGGCAAUCAAAGAAUACGAACUCCUGAUCAUCCCCGGCAAAAUCUUCAGCCGACAAGACACCCACUUCCGCAUCUCCUACGCGGCCGAAGAAGAGACGAUCCGCAAGGGAACCGAAGCCCUAAGAAAACUGGCCGCCACGGGGAAGUAG